AUGACGAGUCGGAUCGAGUUUCUCACACACCUGAUUCACAGCCUGAGCUGCUGCUACCUGCAUGAAGAACAGAAGUUUCAGCUGAAGAUCAUGAGUUUGCCGGAAAGCAGUCCUCAGCAGCUGUGCAGUCGCCUGAGCUGCUGCUACCUGCAUGAAGAACAGAAGUUUCAGCUGAAGAUCAUGAGUUUGCCGGAAAGCAGUCCUCAGCAGCUGUGCAGUCGCUAUUCUUUCAGAUCGCCUGAGAUUCGAUUUUUGACAGAUUAUAGCUAUAAAUCCCAAGUUGUGCAGCUGAAUAUUGGAGGUCAUGUCGUCAGCACCACCCUGGGAACCAUCCGUAAAUUCCCAAACUCCACACUGGCAGACCUGUUUAACAGAUCAACCAAACAGAUGGACUCUGAGGGCCGUCACUUCGUAGACCGUGAUGGGACUUAUUUCGGGUGCAUCCUCGAGUACCUCAGAACGGAGAGACUUCCUACUGAACACCUGCAGGAGGUGCAUAAGGAGGCGCUUUACUACGACAUCAAACCUCUGGUCAAAGCCAUCGAGGAGACGCCACAGUUCUUCGGAGAGACGGUCGGGAGACAGCAGUUUUUGGCCCGUGUGCCGAAUUACCGAGAAAACCUGGAGGUGAUUGUGCGGGUGGCCAGAGCCGAGGCCAUCGCCUCACGCUACUCCAACAUAAUCGUGUGUGUUGUGAGGACAGAAGAGGAUUUAGCCAGAUACAACAAUGCUAUCGACAGUCUCGGCACCCCGAGAGAGUCCGUGGUGAGCUUUGGUCCGUGGAAAGCUCCUGCAUCAGUGGAAGAUCUGUUAGAUUGCGUCAAAAUGGACAUAGAAGCCAAAGGAUAUAAAGUAAAGAUCCAACCACACAGCAUAGACAAAGCGUUUCUCUUCAAGAGCUACGACUUCUUCUAUAAAUUGAUCUUCACUUGGUGGUGAAGAAUUUCUG